UUGGAUAUUUCUGUCUGCUUGUUGUGUCUCAAAGCAUGACGGGUAGGAAACACUAUCGGUGACGUCACAUAAUUAGAGUAAAUACAAAGUGAACUGUGUGGUAGUGGCGUGCUAUGUAUCAGCUCCGUGAUUUAUCUCGUUUUUGUAAUGGACAACGGCUAUAUUGAGUUGGUUGGAGCGCCUUGCGGAACUCAUGGACCGUACACUUUCUACAAAGCCUUUAAAUAUAACAAAAGUGGAAAACAAAACAUUUUAGCGUUAAACGAAUUUGUGUUCAUAAAAUUGUGGAGUGAUUCGGACCUAGUGAGCAUUGGUGAAUUGCAACAACUGUGGGUGGAUAAAAACAGCGAGCAGACGCUUGCAAGCCUGCGUCUUUACAUUCUUCCUGAAAAUACUCCUGAAGGGAGGACGGACAUACAUGGAGAGCAUGAAGUGCUUGCAAUAUCCGACCGAGUUGUCAUACGAUGUGAGGAUUUACUGACAUGGCUCACCGAGGAUGCAUCAUGGAGCUGGGGUCUCCCAGCAGUUUGGGACAAAGACUGCUCUGGAUUAAGCAAUGGUCCUCCAACAACUACAAGAUUACAAGCUCUCAGCGAUACCUGCAUGGACUUUACAGACAUUGAAGAAGAAAAAUUUAAAUUAGAUCCCUCAACAUGGGACAAUUGUGGAGUUGUUGUUUUGAGCUUUCCUCGUUAUUGCCGUUACCGAGCCCUUAUGAAACGGCUGGAAGGUGUACCAAACAAGUGGCUUAGAAACUCUUUGGUCACUGCUCUGGGAGGAUUUUCAGUACCUUGCAGAGACACUCGUGUUCUAUUCUGCAAAGACACUUUUGAUUAUCCUGACCUCGAAGGGCAUGAGUUACUGUGUAAUCAUCUAGCCCCCAAAAUAAAUCUUCGCUCAAAGAAAAAGAAAAAGAAACAGUCCACAUCACCAGGGGAAACUGAUUCGAAUGAAUCAGAGUCUUCCCUCUCUACCAUAUCAUCAUCAACAAAAGACAAAAGACCUAAUCGGAGUAGAAAUGGCUUACAAUACGAUCUUUCACAACCCAACCGGAGGCAUAAAUCCCAGAGCCAGGAAGAGAAAAUGUUCUUGGAUAGGUUGCACCAUUUCAUGAAUGAUAGACAAACCCCUAUUGGAAAAGUACCAAUGUUAGGAUUUAAAGAAAUGGAUCUCUACAAGUUUUUCUCUAAAGUACAACAUUUGGGGGGUUAUGACAAUGUAUCAGCAAAUCGAAUGUGGCCUCGAGUGUUUGAUGAAAUGGGUGGUGACCCUGCUAAUACCAGUGCAACUACUCAUUCAAAACGACAUUAUGAAAGAUUACUUCUUCCAUAUGAAAGAAAACUACGAUCUGAUGCCCUAUCAAGAGCUGGAAUAAGUAGUCAGGAUUAUGAGGCCUGGAUAGAGUCAUUAACCAGUGCUGCUGAUCUAAAGGAUGGUGAAGAAAUAGAAAGAAGAAGAAAAAUGUUGAUAGAGGGAACAACAGCAGCUCUAAGAAGUAUACGCUUAAAACCAGAAAAAUCUUCGGAUCUCACAGGGAAAGAAAACAUACCAAUUUUAAGACUUUCAGAACUUGCUGAUCCAUCAAGAUCUGUUCAUUCACCUGAAGUUAUUGUUUUGGAUUCUGAGUCGGAAACUCCAAUCAAAAAUAUUACAACUCCUAUGGUCCCUGUAUUGAAAAAACGAAAAUUGGAUAUGCUAAAAGAAGGUGGCUUAGAGGUAACACCUAUUGGAUCUCCUGGAUCAUCUAGUUCAGGUCAGACUGAUGCUACAGCAAAUGUCAAACCAGCUGCAAGCCCAGAAACACCUCCUGGGGAAGUUUCAAUUAUGGUGACACCAGAUCUAAGUCACAUGCUUGGCUCACCCAAAGCUGGGUCUCCAGAGACCUGUGCUUCUCCUUUGGAUUCUGCACAAUCAUCGCCUGCCAACCCACGAACAGUUAUAAACGUCCAAGACCUCAAAAAUUCACCACUUCUGAUGUAUCCUGGUGUGACAGCAAGUCAAAAUGGAAGAAGUGACCAAUCACCUCCGAAAGUAACUCAGUCUCGAUCAAUUUAUGCUAAUUCUGCUCUUGGUGGACCAUGGUAUGGCAACCCAAAAGACUAUCCAAGACCAGGAGGCAAUUCAAACACUGCAAGCACUAAUACUGAUACACCACCUAUUGCAAGGUCACUUCAGGCAGCUCUUCGUGUUGCAAACAAAUCAAACUCAGGUGGUAGUUCGCCUGUUGGCAGUGGCAGUGGCAGUGGAAGUGUCAGUGGUAUAGAUGUUCUAGACUUAAGAAUGAAAGGUGAAAAGCCUGCGGUUGAAAUAGUGCGUGUUAUGCCCAGUGUUAGUGCACCCCCACCAAGACAAGCACCCAUCAGGGAUUCUGGCAGAGCUAAUGUCCCUCCUCAAGUGCUUCCCUCGUCUAUCGGCCGUACCACUGUUGGAUCUAAUUUAGAAAUCACCCUAGUGCAAAAUCCAAAACUUGCAAUUGCAAAACUGCAGCAGGAACAAAGAAAUGUGUUAUUACAACAAAGAAGAGUAGCACAACAGCAAGCAAAAGCUUCUGCUCCAUCAAGUAGACCUUCACCUAGGAUUGAAAAUGGAAGACCUCACUCUGUCGCAACAUCAACGUCUAAUACAAGUAGAAGUAGACCCCCCUCUGUGAACAACACCCCUUCAUCUUCAAGCCUUGUGAUCCCCUCCCCGUAUGUAUUAGGCAACAAUAGUAAUAGUAGCAGCACAAAUAGUAGCAACAGUAGUAAUAAUAGUAAACGAAGGAACUCAAAUGAUCAAAGAUCACGGGCAAGCACUAAUACUCCUACUUCUUCUGCUCCUACAAAUCCAUACUUCUCUGGAGCAGCAGCAAACUUAUUUCCUAACUUACUCCAAAAUCUUCCCACUGGUUCUGCAGCUGCUGGAAAAAAUGCAUUCUUACCAGCACUUGAUUUAAUGUAUUAUCAAGCAUUGUGUAAUCCUCAGCUAUAUAAUCCUGCUGCAGCAUCAGUACUACCUAUGUCUGGGUUACCCAUGUCCACGCCCCAGCAUUACAUGCCAACUGAAGAGCAGUUUCAGCUGUAUAAAAAUAUUUUGAGUCAUCAACUAAAAUCAAACCCUGCUCAGGCCAGUGAGGAUAUUGCGCGAUUAUUACAGGAUGGUUCCACUUCCAUUACCCUUGUUGGUAAUUCUAAAAACCCCACUUCCAAAUGAUGAUAAUCUAUUGUCACACUCAUGAAGACUUAUUAGUGAUUAAUAUCCCCCCUCAUAACUUUUUUUUUUUAUUUUUAAUUGGGAAUUUUUCAAGGCAUAGAUGUACACACCCACGGUACAUGCCUAUUUUCCCUCUGACUCCUCCUCUUGUUGAAUAAUUGUAGAGAUUACAGUCACAUUUCUUUGUCACAUUUUUACCUUAAAGAGGUUGUUAAUCAAUUCUUGUUUUGUAUUAAGCUGUUGAGUUUGCAUUCAAAUGGUGCUGUUUACUAGGUUUUGUUCAUAUAUAAGUGACACUAAUGACCAAAAUACAUGGGCAGAAGUUGUCUUUUCCAUUGUUUUCUACUGCUGAGCCUCUUUAGACCAGUUCACAGUAACUAAGUUGAAUUUCUUAUCUCUCUUAAAAUUUGAAAUGUGCCAUACAGUAUUCACCUGUCUGAACUUGCUAUAGUUUUCUUCAACUAGUUCAUAUCCUUCUGAUGUGCUUAUGUGUGUUUUAUUGUGCUACCAAAAAGCAUGUUGAGUUAUUCUUUGUUGUGGUACAUUACUGUACAUAUGACCAGUGUAGUUUCAAGUGAUUGAUUUUAAUGGUAGCCAUUUAUCUUUGCAAAAUUGUAUCUACUCACAAUUUUUAUCAUACAGUACAAGUUGUAUUUGGCACUUGUAAGCAAAAUUUCCUUAUCCCAUUUACUUUUUUUUUUUUUUAAAGGACUUUGAAAAACCAAAUUGACUUAUUUUAAAUUUGAUCUGUGGUGUGUUUGUCAACUGAUUUUAUACAGUCACUGCUCGGAGUGCUCUGAGUAGUAAUACCAGUUACCAGUAAUUUUACUUCUAUGAUAUGGGUGACAUGGUUUUAAUAUAUGUUAAAUCAUGGUCAAAUCCUACUUUUCUAGUUUGUGGGUUAGAUAGGCUGUAAAACAAGACCAGUACAUUUGGCUUAAAGGAAAUUCUCUUACUCUAUUACCGUUUCCUGUUUGAACUCAUGUAUUCUAUUUGUUGAUAAAUGAAGUAAUUGCAUAAUAAUUUGCUCGUUUUUCUCAAAAAUGCCAAAGAACAAUGUUUUAAAUUCCUGUUUUGAAGUCCAUGUAGGAAAAAUUUGAUCACCAAGUGAUUAGUAAACCUCUGUUCAAGUAAUGUUAAAGUAGGUAGUGUCCACACAAGACUAAUGUACUGUGCUACAAUGAUGACUGGCUGAAGGUUAUGCUGUUGUGUUUCCCUCAACUCUCUUUUUGAGUUGGCCCUCCUGUGGAGGGUUUAGGAACAUAUCAGUUCAUUUAAUCUUGACUGAGAGUUGUUUUUAAUGAACAUCACAUGCCAGCUAUGUGAUUAUUAUCUAAUGAUCAUGUAUAGGGCAAAAUGCAUGAAUACUGAAAGUAUAAUGUUUUGUUCUUUUGUUGUAAAACUUUUUUGUUUGUCUUUUUUCUUUCUUGUGUAAUCUUUGAAAAUGAUCAUGUUCUUGUAAAUAUCCUAUUGAGAUGUCUAUAGCUAGUUGUAUGACACAGUAUUUGUUAUGGAAGCAGAACGUUGGAGACCAGUUUGUUUUAUCCUCACCAACCCUGUGUGACUGUUUACAUUUAUGCAAUUCCUAUUAUGUCCCACACUACCCCCAACUUUUUUUUUUUUUUUUUUUUAAUGUUGUUUUGAAGUAAAAGCUGAUGUAUUAUUAAUUGAUGUGAUUUGUUCUAUUUCUUUUGUACACUGUUACCAUUUUUCCCAUGUAACUGAUUGGCGAUUUCUCAUCCAUAAGUGAAUCCGUUUGUUUUUGAUGUAAGUUAUGGUAAGAUAGGCUCUAUGAAUGGAUCCUGCCUCUGAGUACAUGUAAGGCCUGAAUGUAUAUAUUAACAAUAGAGGAUUCACUAGUCUGAGAAGAAUGUCUCAUUGCCACCAAGGAAGAACCCUUAGGCCUAUUUAUAGAAAGUUAUUGUGCGUGGGACUUCUUGUUAAAGUUGCUUAUAAAUAUGUGUACAUGAAAAAAUAUAUCUAUAUAUAUAAAUUUAAAAAAGUUUAUAUAUGUAUGUAUAUGUAUACAUUUGAAGUUCAGUACGAGGGUCUUCAAUAGAUAAGAGUAUCUGUUACUUUUUAUUCUAUUCUACUCAAGGUUUUGUACAUUUUGAGUUUGUGUAUGUCAAGAUACAAGUGGAUGUCAGUUUUUGCACCGACUCUCAAUUGUUAUAGUCGCAAAAAUAUAACUGUUGGGAAUUGUUUUGUGGUCGCUUGAGUUACAAAAUGUUAUUGAACUAGCACUGCCUUAUCAUAAUGGAAAUCCUUCAAUCAUUCCAUUUGACAUGUUUAUAAGCCUAAACACUUAUGUAAAGUGCUUUAUUAUUGAUGACCUUUAAUGGAAACAAUAAACGCAUUUGCAGCUGA